GUUUCGCUCCCCUUUUUUCUCCUCGUUUCUUUCCAGCCACACUUAGUUCGGAAUCGUACCGAAAGACUUCACGUGAGAGCGUGUCGCUUACCUGGGUACACAUGACUACGCGUUUGUGCUGCCUCAGGCAAUCCUUGUAGCCUUGUCGUGCCUGAUAUUUGCUGACAAAGUCGCCUUUGAGUAACUCGGAGGCGCCAUGGUAGUACACUUGCGACAAUGAAACAUGAUUGAGGGAUGAGAAGUUGCCAUUUGGCUGCUUUCAAGCAGCUACCGCCACAGCCUAUUGAUGUAUUUUCUUGAUCGCAGCUCUCGAUCUACCUGCUUCUGAUCCAUCACCAUCACAGUCGCAAUCAUGGCUAAUCGAUCGAGACCUACUGCCCCAAGACGCUCAGUGCGUAAUCGCAAGAAACAGACCACCCUGCAAUUGUCGCCUCUGCCUUCCUCUUCUCCAGCGAAAGAGAAAUACAGUCCGGCUGUGCAAGACCGAUUGGCGAGUGUGAGAUAUCAUGGAGCAAAAGGAUCCCGUCGAGAGGUAGAUAAAGAAGCGGACGAGGUCGAUAUGCUUCCAACGCCAGAACCAUCAUCUCAGAUUCGAGGUCGCGAUGAGAGUAGGUUUGCACAAUCACUCUCUGCCUGGGAUGCACUCACACUCCCAGACCAAGGGAAUGCGCAGGCUUCGCUGUUGUCCUCCCCUACCCCGGUCCGGUCGGUCAAUGUAGUCGAAGAAGACGAUUCGAAUGAAGACGAUCUCAUACAGUCGGCCAGCAAGAGACGAAGACUGUCCCCUCACAAAACCUCGACCAACCUCACCAGCUCUCCGCCACCACGACGGUCGGCCCGGUUCCACUCUGGAACAUCGUCACAAUUACAUGAGUUAGCAAUAGAGCCUGAGGAUUCGCCUGCGGCCAGACGGUCUGGAAGACGGCGAAGAAGGUCAUCACCGCAGUCUGCCCGGUCACAAUCUCAGUCUCCUCAAAGCGUUGUUUCCGUUGAAAUUGCUACCCCACCACGCCCUACAACUACAAUGUCUGACCUUGGUUCUGCCGAGACCAGCGACGAGGAUGACAAGAUACUAGCUUCGAUGCCGACGUCGCGUCGGCGGAAAUCCAAAGCUGUGACCGAUGACCCAUUUGUCGUUAGUGAUGAUCAUGUUCGCUAUGUUUCUGACGAGGACGUCCCAUCAAUCCCUACAAAUAAGUCUCGGAGAAAGAAUUAUGAGGACGACUUUGUUGUAGGUGAUGAGGACAUCGAGUACGUCUCGCUCGAGGAACACGAUCGAGCUACAGCAAAUAGUCGCUACGCUCGUAAAUUGUCCCGAUCGCACAAAUCCUCACGAGAAUCUCGCCGGCAGGCGGAGCAGGAGCAGGUAGAGCUGGAAGAGGAUCUGCAGGACCUACAAGAUUCGGAUCAUGAUGACGGUGCACGAAAGACGCGUACGAGAGGUGGGCCGGUCACAACUCAGCGGGACAAAGCGCGAGAGCAUUUUGACCUCCUCAGACGACGACGCGCGGGUGAAAAGGUUCCUCGAGUAGUGGAUUCGGAUGACGAAGAGGAAGAGGAAGAAUCAGAAGGUGUGGAUAUCAAUUACAUUGGAAGGCCGCACGAAGAGAUUCUCAGUGUCCAUUCCUCUGUCGACACAGAUCAAGAAUCCGUACAAGAAUCAGUCCAGGAGGAGGAGGAUGACUUUAUCAUCGAAGAAGACUCAGCAACUGGACGAUUCGGCCGACCUCAUCCGGAUAUGCCACUACAAUUCACCUCUUUUGCAUCUUCGAAACCACGAGAUCUCUUCCCUCACAUUAUCGAGUGGCUAGUCAAAAACAAAAUUGCUCCAGCCUUCUCCCGCGAUGACGAAGUGUUCAGUCUAGCAUUUGACCGUCUCGAAGAUCAAGUCAAAGCACAAGCAGGUAGCAGACUGAUAUCUUCCGCUUGGGGCAGUGACUUCAAGAGAGCAAUCCUCGCACGACCAGGUAUGAAAGUGGUGGCACUACCUGGUAUGGAUGAGGACAAUAUGCGUACCUGCGAUGCAUGCAAUCGAACCAACCAUCCUGCGCGGUACGAGUUUGUUUUCUCCGGCGAGCCGUAUUACAAGAAGACGCUUGAGCCUGUAGACACUUCUGACGACGAAGAUGAAGAAAGCCACGAUGAUGGACCGUCAUAUGAUGAGAAUGGCCACAUUCUCCCUUCUGUCCAUCGACGUUACUACCUAGGUCGUUUCUGCGCAGCGAAUGCGGAGAUGGGCCACAAAUUAACGCACUGGAAGUAUCAUUUGAACGAAUCUCUUAUGGCAUACCUCGAGGAACAAGGUGUGUUGUCGGCCGAUGCUAUCGUAGCGCGCGACAAAAUGAACAAGAAGAAGCGGGAAAAGGAAGCCGAAAACGUUGUCGACAGCAUGGAAGAGAUAGGCGUCAUUGGUGAGAUGUGGAAGGAUUUUGAGAAUGAUUUGAAUGAUGCGCGAUUGGGUAUGGAGGACUUUGAGAAGAAGGGCGGACGCUCCAAGGGACGUGUUGGCGCGAUCAGAUCGACGGCGAAUGGGCUGGUCAGAGAGUGGUCUGGGGACAGGUACCGCGUUACGAAAGCGGCAGAUUCGGAUUCUGAGGGAGACUGAGCCGUCCUUGGGAGGUCAUGAGGCUGCAUGUUCUGGAUAAUUUGCCAUGCACAUUUUGGCUAUUUAGACAGGAUGCUUGAAAGAGAUGUAGCAGGGACGACAUGGAAGUGGGCUGACGUGCUCUGCACAAUUCACAGCCACGUAGCCAAUACGCAAACAUGGACAGAUAAUGAUGGGUCUUUCUGUUCAUUCCUAAAAGUUUUGAUUCCGUGCUUGCACAGACAUUAAAAUUCUUGUAGGGUAGAGACGAGAUCGUGAGAAUCCAUUGCUCUC